UCAUGUAAGAGGGGAUGACAUGCCGGCUUUCUUAUAUGGUGCUGGUUAAACUUAAUUAGUACGGGAGUGUUGAUUACUUGAUUUAUGUAACAGUAUACAUUGAUAGAUAGAUAUAAACAUAGAUAGAUGUGACCAUCAUAUAACGCCAUUGUUUUAGAUACUGAUUCACAAUAUAUAUUAAUGAACAUAUAAUCCAACUAACAGACAAACUUGUCCCCAAAACGUACACCUUUAAGAAUGAACGAUAUCGUGUGUGGAAAACUUAAUGUGAUCCUGCGCUAGCGUUUAUGUUUCAAAUAUAUUCAUGUGUGAGGGAGGGAAGAGACAAAUGUGGAGUAGAUGGAAUAUUGGGGAAUUUGUAGUCAAAGAUCCUAUCUUAUGUGUUUUGUUUAAUGUGCAUACCAGAGUCUUGACCGAGAAGAUACGCGUAUAUACUCUCUCUAUACUACUAGUUUACGUCGGCCACUUGUUAGUUUAUUGUGUUUGACUUUUAAUUGGUUAAGCACUGGUUUCCUAAUACUUAAGUGUUCCCCUUUGCCUUUUAUGUAUGUAUUUGUCAUAAGUUGAGUGCUAGAAGGGACAACAGGAAAGACCUUAGUAGGAUCCGUUCUUCCUGAAAAUUGUGUUACCUAAUUGGAUAGCUUCUUUUUGUUGUAGUUGAUUCUUGUUGUAGUUGCUGCUGUAAAUUUGAUUCAAAUAGUUGAUUGUGUAGUUUGUUUCCGGGUUGACUAAUUUUUAGGAUUUGUAAAGGCUAGUGGUCCAUUUUAUAUGUUGAUAAUUCGUCUGUGAAUCUAGGAGCCGGAGAGCAGAAUUUGAGUGAACCUACGUUUCUUAUCAUUCAGAAAGGUGAAAAGGGUUACAUGGAGAUGGAAGGAAGAGGUUAUUCGGAUUUGUAUAGAAACACGAGUGAGGAUAUGUUUAUAAGAACAUUAAUGGAGAGCCCUGUUGGAAUGCCAGCACCAACCAUGGAGAUGCUCGGUUUCAAGAAUCUUUCUAAUAAUUUCCGUGCAGAUAGUGAGGAGCUGUUUAAAAAUUGGCUCACUACUGGAGAGAAUCAAGGCCAUAAUCCAACAAGCUUAGCUCAUAAUCGUUCUCGACAAUUAUCACGAAUGAUGCAUGCCGAUCAAGCUAGUUUACCUAGUCACCCAAAUGGGGUUUCAAUUGAAAGAAAGAGAAGUCACGAGAGUCUGAUACCACAAAGUUCUUUGGCAGUCAGUGAAUCCUUAAAUGGCACAAACGACCAUUCUGUUAGGAAUGUGGCAGAAAAGGGGUUGCAGGGUAGCAACUUAUACUUAGCCAAGGCAUGGUUCCAUAGUUCUCAACCAAUGACAAGAAGUCGUUCUUCUGAAUUAAGGAGGAGGUAUGUUGCUAUGCAAAACUCUCAGACAGCAAUAGGUAUGGAAGCAAUGCAAAAUGGAUCAGGGAGUCGAGUCAACGAAUUGAAACAGGAAUACGUCAACCAAAGUACAUUCAAUGAGGCUUCCUUGUAUGACAUGCCUAACCAAUUAGACGGGUUCAUGCCUGUAUCCAACUCAUCUUCAUCUAUUGAUAAGGUUUCUUCUGUUGUGAGCAUGCUAAAAGGGACGCUAGAACGCAAAAAGCUUAGCAACCAAGUUCAAAAAGAAGCAGUUGAAGAUGGUUCUUUAGGAUAUUAUGGUGGUCAAGAAGUAUUUGGUUAUUCGAAUCAGAAUCAUAUAAAUGGAAUACAUAGUUAUGAGGUACAAGAAACAAUCCAAGACUCAGGGAUGUUUCAAACAGUUCAAGAGUCUUUAGAGGCUGAGCUGGAAAAUCUUGUGGCCCCUACAAAUCAGAUCCAGAUGAGUUUUGCAUCCAGAGAACCUUCACAAAGUGAAUCAUCUGCUGCUGCACCUGUGAUCUCAAAUGGGUUUGAUGCAUGUGACGGACCAAGUAACUCGGGUCAAACACCAAUUAAGAGUACAGAUAUAAGGGAACAGAUGUAUGAUAACCUUCAAGAGGACCGCAAGCAGAAGAAAAAUUUAAUUCGAUUUGGAUCAGUGACCUCGGCUGUUUCAGUGGACAGCAGAGAUCCUACAAAGAAGCGCAGAGUGGAAAGAUCACGCAAAAUGGCAGAAGCAAAGGGAAGAACUCAAACCCCGUCAACUUCAUCAGACAUGCAGUCUAUGUUGAAGAGAUGUGAAAAUCUUGAAAAGGAAGUGCGGUCUCUUAAACUUAAUCUGGCUUUCAUGAAUAGGAAGGAUUCUGAGCAAACUAAGCAGAUUGAAGAGCUCCAGAAGCAGCAUGAGGAGAUGAGAGAUGAAAAGGAACGCCUUCUAGAAGAAAUCGAAAGGAUCUUAUCUGAACCGGGAAGAUAAGAUGUGAAUACUUUUUAUAUCUAGUAUUUAUGUACUACCCAUCUAUACAUUCAGUAGAUCCAAGGAUCAUAUUUGCAUAUGUGAAAAAUUUGACACACUUGCGCACAUUAUUAUUAUUUGACCCCCCUUUUUUUUUGUUAUGCUCGUUUUCUUUUGUCACAAGUGCGAGAGCAUGUGCAAUUUGCCUACUUGGUUUAGGGUUUGUGUGUAAGUUAAACACUCAUUGUAACUUUUUUGAGAUAAUUGAAAGUUUACAUGAAUACAUUCUUGGAAUUGACCA